UGCCAGAGACACAUUACUUUCUCACUCAGGCUUUACAAUCUUAACUUUGAAGAAAUGAAAAUCUGGUUUUAUUGUUCUUGUAAAUCCUGGUUUUUUGUUUCAGUUUUUACGUAUUUCUGUUGUUUCCUAAGAAAAUUUGUAGUUUAGAAUUUUCUAGUCCAUGGCCUUAAAAAACAAGCAAAUCUAUCUGUUUUCAGUAUCUAGUCAUCUUACCCUUUUUUUUUCGUAUAUUAUUUGUCAUAAUAUUUGGGCUGUUAUUUCUGUAUAUAAAUUUACAAUUUUUAGACAUUUUAGCUGGCAAGUGGUUACAUAUAUGUUACCAUAUCUGCUUAAAUUGACUGUGUUGUAAAUUUUUUCCAUAGAAUUUUGCCUAGAAAUAAGAGCAGUAGAAGAUGAUGAAGAACUCAGUUUCAGAUCAGAGUUACUACACUGAAAGUGAAGAAGAAGAACAUGAUGAGGAGAAAGAGUUUAAAGGUGAAGAAGAUGAUGGCAAUGAUUCUGAUUCUUCCGGUGAAAUUCAUCCACAAAACAACCCUGGUUCUUACAACACCACUUCUUGGCCUCAAAGUUACAGGCAAUCCAUUGAUCUAUAUAGUAGUGUGCCAUCUCCGAGUCUCAAUUUUUUGGGCACUCCUACACUGUCAAGAUUAAGCGGCUCCUUUCUUUCGUCUUCUUUAACGAGAAGACAUACUCCUGAAUCGUUAUCUGCUGAGACAAAGCCUCUUCUACCAACAGUAGCAGACGAGGAAUUGCCACCACAAAGGCGCAGUUCUCAUUCUCUUCUUCCUCCUAUUCCGCCAAGAAGGACUGCUGUGAUCAAGGAUUCAAAACCAUCCCAUGUCUCUCAUGAAGCUCCAACUGCUGGCCAGAGCUCAUAUGCUCAAGCCGUGUUAAAUGGCAUGAAUGUUCUAUGUGGAGUUGGACUUCUUUCCACUCCAUAUGCAGCAAAGGAGGGAGGAUGGGUUGGACUAUCCAUUCUGUUAAUAUUCGGACUCCUUUCUUUCUACACUGGAAUCCUCUUGCGUUACUGCCUCGAUAGUGAACCUGGCCUUGAGACUUACCCGGACAUCGGCCAAGCUGCAUUCGGCACUGUUGGCCGAAUUGCUAUAUCAAUAAUACUAUAUGUGGAAUUAUAUGCUUGUUGUAUUGAACAUAUAAUUUUGGAGAGUGACAACUUAUCUUCAUUAUUUCCCAAUGCACAUUUAAAUGUGGGUGGAUUUGAUCUAAAUUCACAUCAUUUGUUCGCAUUGAUGACCGCCCUUGCUGUUCUUCCCACGGUUUGGCUCAGAGACCUGAGUGUGCUUAGUUAUAUAUCUGCUGGCGGUGUUGUUGCAUCAGUAUUGGUGGUCUUCUGCUUGUUCUGGGUUGGUCUGGUAGAUGGAGUUGGCGUUCACAGCAAAGGAACAACAUUUAACCUUGCUACUUUUCCUGUUGCCAUUGGUCUCUAUGGUUUCUGCUACUCGGGACACGCUGUAUUCCCAAACAUCUACACUUCAAUGGCCAAACCAAACCAAUAUCCAUCAGUCCUGUUAACAUGUUUUAUUAUCUGUACUGUGAUGUAUGCCGGUGUUGCUGUAAUGGGGUACACAAUGUUUGGAGAAUCAACAAUGUCCCAGUUCACUCUCAACAUGCCUAAAGACUUGGUUGCCUCAAAAAUUGCUGUUUGGACUACAGUGGUUAAUCCAUUUACAAAAUAUGCAUUAACCAUGUCUCCAGUCGCACUGAGUCUGGAGGAGUUGAUACCAUCAAAUCAUCUCAAGUCGCACGUCUAUGCUAUCUGCAUUCGAACUGCAUUAGUCCUCUCCACCUUGCUUGUCGCCCUCACUGUCCCCUUCUUCGGUCUGGUCAUGUCCCUGAUCGGAUCCUCACUCACAAUGCUUGUGACGUUAAUCCUUCCUUGUGCUUGCUUUCUAAGCAUCCUGAGGGGCAAAAUUACAUGGUUUCAGGUUACAGUUUGUAGUAUAGUUAUCGUGGUGGGGGUUAUAUCUUCAGUGAUAGGAACAUAUUCAGCUCUUUCCGAAAUUGUCCAGAGCUUGAGCAGUUGAGAAAUUUUGGCAGCAAUGAGAAUUAUGAGAAUUAGAUUUCACUGGUGUAGAAUUGAUUGUGAUGAGAAUGUUAUUUAUUCUUCUUAAUUUUGCAGUUGCUGUAAGUCUGGAUGGUGUUUUCGUCUGUGACUUAAACAUAUUUGCACUUCUCUGUGUUAA